CCUGACUUCUUAUCAGGUUUCUGCUUGUCUUCCACAGGACCUGUCAAGGGGUCCCAUCUGGUGCUGCCACCUGACCCCGACCACCACCAUGCCUGAAGUCGAGAGAAAGUCCAAGAUCACGGCCUCACGCAAGCUCUUGCUGAAGAGCCUGAUGCUGGCCAAGGCCAAGGAGUGCUGGGAGCAGGAGCACGAGGAGCGGGAGGCGGAGAAGGCCCGCUACCUGGCUGAGCGCAUCCCCACGCUGCAGACCCGCGGCCUGUCCCUCAGUGCCCUGCAGGACCUGUGCCGGGACCUGCAUGCCAAGGUGGAGGUGGUGGAUGAGGAGAGAUAUGACAUUGAGGCCAAAUGUCUCCACAACACCAGGGAGAUUAAGGACCUAAAGCUGAAGGUGCUGGACCUCCGUGGAAAAUUCAAGCGUCCACCACUGCGUCGGGUCCGUGUCUCGGCUGACGCCAUGCUCCGGGCCCUACUGGGCUCCAAGCACAAGGUGUCUAUGGAUCUGCGGGCCAACCUGAAGUCAGUAAAGAAGGAAGACACAGAGAAGGAGCGGCCUGUGGAGGUGGGUGACUGGAGGAAGAACGUGGAGGCCAUGUCCGGGAUGGAAGGCCGGAAGAAGAUGUUUGACGCCGCCAAGUCUCCAACCUCACAGUAGAGGCCGGCUUGCUGCUCUGUGCUCUGGGCUUCCGCUUCCCGCUCCUCCCUCCAGCCUGGCUCCCCUCUCUGACUCCCACCCUGCAUUUCUGGAGCCUCCCAUCCUGCUCCCACCUCUCCCCUCCAGCCUGAGUGCCCUCCUCUGGAACUGGGAUUAAACAGACACCUGAGAGGACACACAGCCGUGUCUGAAGACCUCUCCCUCGCAGGGUAGAGACCCCAGCUAGCUGAGCUGGGGAGGAAGAGGUGUGGCAGCACCUUCCUGUCUGGCUCUCUGCCGCAGCCCUGCACUGCUUCCCUGACCUGUAGAGUGCCCCCAGGCAUCACAGCUUCUCCAUUAAAAACCAGGCUCCUGGUCAUUUCUGUA